UUCAUCAAAAAAUGUAACGUCUGACUGUUAUACUAGGAAUAAGACUGAGUUCAUUUACUGGCUCCUCCCAGCAGGUUGGUCGUGCAGUAAUCUGCUAAUCUUCUUAGCUAGCAACAGUGUGCUCUUCAGUAUGGAGGUUUUGUCCACAUUUUACACAGAUCAUUAACUGAAGAUGACACAAAAUGGAGGCGUUGGCAAACAACACGCUGCCCCUGAGGGCCUCAUUGUUAAGCCAAAAUGUUUUACUGAGCUAGUGGAAUGAGACCUUAUUUUAAAAUGACACCUCUAUUUCAAGAAUCUGUAAAACAAGAAACAUGCCGUUGCCUGAGGAAAACGCUGAUGAAUCUCCAUAUGCUCCAAAAGACGCUACAGCUUCCUACAAGAACACCCUGCUGAGCUGACUUCCCUCUGGUUCUGAGCCCUUUAUUCUGCAAACGCUCUUCAAGAGGAAAACAGACUGCACUUUUGAUCUUCCUCAACUCACUGUGUUGAACAAGAACAUGUAUUCGGUUUCAGACGGUGCAAGUUGCUCUGAAUACGCCAGGAGAGAUACAAGACCAAGCGAUGCUAUUGCCCUCAGAUGUUGCGAUGCGGCAGCCAAGCAUAAGUGUGUGCAAUGGAAGACCCCGAAGAGGGAUUUUACCAAAGAUUCCUCAUUAUCUGCAAUUUCAAAGACAGCCAGCCAGCAGACUGGCUUUAAUUCUGCAGACAUUGCUUAUAAACCCCAUAUGGAAGCGUUUGCCUUUCAAAGGCAAGAUGAAAAGCUGUCAUCCUGUACCUUUCAUGAGCUUCUCCAGUCCUCGUGGAUGUCUGCAAACUUGCAUUGCUCAAUGCUACACUUUAAUACUACUGAACAUGCAAUCUCUUUUAUGGAACGUCAGGCGCCCAACUUAUCUACCUCAGCGGUUUCCGCUCUCACAAUACCUGCUAAAAGCGAAAAGUGCAGCUACAUUCCUGGAGAUAUCACUAGACAACGUAAAAAUGAGCUGUUUCUGUGCUGUAAUACAAGAUUUGGCUGUAGUCAGAUGCAAAGAGAACCUACCCCUAACAAAACAGGGCGAAGUGUAGAUUUUGUCAGAGACACAAGACCUGAUGGCAACAAAUGUGCUUUUGAUAAGGUUACAAAGAUUUACACGCUUGAACAAAAAGACAGACUGAGUCAAAUACUCCCACUGGUGAUUCCUGAAGAGGAUAUAAAGAACCGUAUGCAAACAAAGCAAAAAGUUUCCCAAAGAAGAGCACGCAAACAUAGACAAGCGUCUGAUGAUGGCCUGGGUCUUACGUUUUGGCAACAAUGUUCACCCGGUGUGAAGUGUAAAGCUGUGGGUGCAACAGAAGCUCAGAAAUCUGCUCAGCUUGUUGUGGCCCCAGAGGCUUAUGAUGACCUUGGUGAAAAGAAGAUAGAAGAAAGGUGCGAUGAUCUGUGUAGACUCCAUCUUCAGUUGCGCUGUCUGAGAAUGUGGUGUAAAAGACUCCGGUUACUCUCCCAAGCCUGCUGUCAUGACAGAAGGAGGAUUCUAAACAAAGCUCUGUAUGUUCUGAGAUUGUCCGUCAAGAUGCGUUGGGCUCAAACUGAUGCGGUGGACAGGAGGAGAAGUGCUUUCCUGCUCUCUCAGAGUUUUUACCAGUGGAAGAAUCAUUAUGACUGCAGACAUUUCCACAGUGAACGCAAAACCGAUGACUUAAGAAAGCGACUCAUUCAGCCCAGCAGACCUUUGCUUGUGAUGUCCACCUGUUCCACCUGGUGGAGUCGGCACAUGCUCAGAACGGCUAUGAUUCAUAACCAUCUCUCUGUGCUAUAUAAGCACUGGCUGCUGUGGAGACAGAGAUGUUUAAAGCGUAUCACUAUGAGACAGCAGGAGAAGUGGGCAUGCUUGUGGUGGGACAGACGACUCCAAAGUAAAGCCUUGACCCUGUGGAUAACAAGCUGGAAGAGAGACGAACUGGCCACACAUCAGUACAGCACGCAUUUGUUAGCAUUAGCAUGGACGAAGUGGAAGUUUCGAACCAGUCAGAAGAAGCUGGAGAAGUUAAUGCAGUCCAUUCAGAUGAGCAACCUUCUUUACUUUUUCCAUCAUUGGCAGAAAAGAGCAGAAUCUUGUAAAAGAGAGAGAGAAAACCAGUUUGUUUUGACCCGGCGCACCCUGCACUCCUGGCAUUGCUAUGUUCAUGAGACAAAACUUACAAGGUUGAGCCUUAGAGCCUCAUGGGAGCUUUCCAGGCGGAUGUUAGCAGAAACCUUUAGGAAGUGGAGACACGUCGCCGUAAGAAUGCAGGACACAAGAAGAUUUCUGGAGAAAGUGCGCCACCUGCAGGAUAAAGGUCGAAUGCAGACUGCUUUUACAAUGUGGUGUCAAAGCACUCGCAAAAGGGAAGAGUUAAGAAAAUUACAGGAGAGUUUGCUGAGAGCUCAACUCUCAAGGUGUCUGUCAGCUUGGAGAGCAGUUGUUCAGCGCAGAGCAUCACUGCAGCGUUACUAUCAUCACAGAGAGACUCAGACACUCAAGACAAGCUUCCAGCAGUGGAGACUAUCUCUGCAGCUACACGGCCUUCUGAAGGAUUUCCACAUCCACCGCUUUCAUACCAGACACACAAACACUGAUAAGCCAUUGAUUACAGGCCGUAUGAUGGAUGUUUUCAAGCGCAAAGCAUACACUUCAGCAGAAGAUCUCUCAGCCAUGUUUCUCCUCCACAACACUCUUCACAAGUGGGCAGAGAUAUUACAGAAACAACAGCUGGCAAAAUUAGCUGAAGAACGGGUUAUUCAGAAGACUGUUCUUCUGGAGUGGUACAGACACACUCAGGCUGAUUUCUCUGAUAAAGUUCUGCUCUUCAAAGCCAAACUGGCUCCUCGUCCUCCAUCCUCCACUGGUUUAUCCUGCUGUGACUCUCAGAUGUCCUGCAUUGAGCCUCAGGCAUUGUUACUGAAAGCUCUCGGCAGGAUGAUGCACCCUGAACUGUGUCUGGCGUUCUCCAAGUGGAGGAGUGUAGUGUGCGCUAACAGAGACAUGAGACGACAGGCGGAUCUGUGUUUAAACAGUAGGAGAUGUGAAGAGAUGGCUGGGGUUUUCAGAGCGUGGAGAGCACACACAUUAAUGAACGGCAGGGCUUUCCAUCACUGGGAGAGGAGUGUGCUCUUUCACUUUUUCAUCCUGUGGAAAGGAAUGGUUCAGCAGAGAUGUAGGACACACAUGCUGGAACAGAAUGCAGUGUUUACCCAUGAUAUCAAUCUGCUCAGACGUUGCUUCUCCACAUGGACCAGACUGGCUGUGGGAUCGCACUGUGAGCAGCUGAAGUGUGUGCUUCAACAGAUGGAGCGCAGAACAGACACACACCGGCUGAACUUGAGCUUUUCCACAUGGGUAAUGCGUGUAAACCAGCAGAAGACUUCCAGAGGCUUUUAUAUACACACAUUACAGAGCAGAUGUUUCUCUCAGUGGCUUCAUGAGUUCCGCCAUCGCUCAGAGCUGCUGUGUUUAAGCAGAGAGCUGGAGGAAGUCGGCAUUCAGAGGCUGCAGUGGAGAACUUUCUGUCUCUGGCAGCUCAAGCUCACUCGUGUUCAGACUCACAUGCAGCACAUCAGUAGCCUCUGGAAAAACACUCGCCAUCUGCGUCUUCAUCUGCGUGUGUGGAGACAGAGAGUCAUCCAGAGGAAAAAGGCCCGUGUGGCGGUUCAUCUGUGGAAACAGCACAUCUCACAGGCCAGAAGACAGAGAGACAUCACGAGGGAGAUGAAAAACUUGUUUCUGCACUGGAGAGCAGCUUUCAGACAGAGCGUCAGAAGCAGAGAUCACUAUACACAGACACAGGAGAGUAGGGUUCUGCUGGCAUGGCACCGACACACAGUAUCAGCUCAGAGACUGAGAUACAGGGAGGCCUGGUUCCAGUACAGCAGUGAGAUGAGACUGCAGGCUGCUGUAUUCAUGCAGUGGAGAACAGCACUGAUCUCGAGUCAGCAAAGGAAGCAUUCAAUGGAGAGCCAGCUCAUCUGUGAAAGCCGAAUUAGAGAAAGCGCGUUUCACCGCUGGAAAACUGCGGCCACAGAACGCAGAGCGAUGAAAGCUUUUAACAACAGAUUCCUUCACAAGUGGUUCAACCGGUGGAAGCACAGAAAGGAUUUGUUGAAUGUAGCAGACACGCUUUGUCUUAAGACAAGAAGACAUGAAGCUCGGUUAGCGUUCAGGACUUGGUCAUUGUGGGCCAAAGAUUGUAAAGCCCAGAGGCAGAUGCGGGAGGCUGUGAGUCUCUGGCUGGAUGGCAGGGCAGUAUCUAGAACUUUCCAUCACUGGCUGAGAGUUUACCAACAGUACCAGAAAGCUUCCAGACACAGACAGAUGCAGCUUUCUCACAGAGCAUUGGAUAAAGGAGUUCAUGGAUUGAUCUAUCUGUACUGGUCCAGUUGGAAAAACCAAACUGAAGCAUCGCUGCUGUAUACACAACGAUUUCAGCACUGUGUGCUUCAGAAGUCCUGGCUUACCUGGAGAAAGAGACAUAUCAGGAACAGGGUGUCUGCUGAUUACUCCGACAACUUCAACAGCACGCUAUUGGCCAAGGUGUUGCAUGUGUGGUGGCUGCGAGCCCAUGGGUCAGACUUUGAGCCCUGACCACUUCUGUCUGUUUACAAGCAGAGGGUUCACAAAUAGAAACCAGCCAACGCAGAUGAGUCCAGACUGCAGUGACCAUCACCACAUGCAGUAAUACAUCUGUAUGUUCCCUACAUUUCUUUCUGCGAUUUCAAAAAUUCAUAUUCAUUAACCAGCGCCAACCACAUUGCCUUUACCAGGGUUUCUGCAGAUAUCAGUCAAAUGUAAGACUUUUAAAGACCUUUUUAAGACCAUUAAGUAUUAAAUUUAAUCUAUAUCACAAUCACAAUAUAAAAAUCACGCAAGAGAAAUUGAAAAAUCACAAAAUUUGUGGUAAAAUAAAAUGAUUUAAACUGAACAGUACUGGAGACAGGUUAGAUGCAGUAUUGAACUACAGGAAAAAACAAACAAACAAACAUCGUGAGGCUGAUUUAUACUUUCGCCUGGCGCCACAUCGUGCACCUUCGCUGACUGUGAAA